UCAGUCGAUGAAAACAAAUUCAUUGAAACUCUGGACACGACCGCAAAAUUGCGGACAGAAUUGGAGACAAAGAUGAUGCCUAAAAUAAAAUACCUAACGAUUCCCAACGAUAAGGGGCUCGACAUUCGAGUGGAACUCAUUUUACCCCAAAGUCUCAUUGAAGACGAAGACACUAAAUAUCCAGCGGUUAUUGAAAUCAAUAAUCUACCGAACACUCAAUCAGUGAACUACGAGUACCGACUCGAUUGGUCCCGAUAUUUAACGAGUAAAAAGGAUUACAUCACAAUUCAUAUCGACGGCAGAGGCACCGGAUAUCAGGGAAACCGACAUAUGUUUGAAGUAAUCGGGGAAUUAGGCAAAGAAGAGAUCCACGACUUGAAGAUUGCCAUUAAUUAUCUGAAAAAGAAGUUGCCGUACAUCGAUGAGGACAAGAUCGUGGUGUGGGGCCGGGACUACGGGGGCUUCAUAACCAUGUCAUUGUUGGCCACCACUGAGCCCACCACAGAUAAGAAACACCCAAAUAUGGACAUGGUCACCUGUGCCAUUGCUGUCACUCCCAUAUCAAACUGGAAAAAUUAUUUGUCGGUGUUUUCCGAGCGCUAUAUAGGACAGCCCUACUCUAACUAUGACAUCAAUUACCAGAACUCGCGAUUGACUCAAAUCAUUGAACAAAAACACAACAAUCUGAAGAAGAAGACAUUCCUCUUAGUUCACGGCACGAGUGAUAAACGGGUGAACAUCGACCACACAAUGCUACUGAUGAAGGAGUUGACCGAUAAGUCGAUUCAGUUCAAAGUCCAGUUGUAUCCGGACAGUGGUAUCAUAGAGUCGUGGGAGCGGUCGGUUCGCAAGCACUUCUACCUAACAAUGGAGGACUUCUUUGCCAAAUGCUUCCAAGUGGAGGACCAGGAGGAGGCCCUCGAUCUCAUCAACUUAACCCCGUGGAAGAAGAAUGCGCCCAAAGUAUAGGCGCCACUAAAUCCUUGCUAUGUAUCGUACGGUUGAAUGUAAUUCAAUAUAUUUUGAGCCCAUUUGUCAUCUAUUCCUCUGUCGCCACAGAUAUGAGUGACACAAAAAUG